GAAUAAGGCGGGCGGUCAGCUAGGUGAGAGUACGCGCGGUUUGUCACGGCGGUCGGUCGGUCGGUAAGUCGCUCUUUCCUGUCGUGUUUGGCUCCGCUUCGGGUUUACUUCACCGUCGAGCCAAGCAGACGUCCACAAGAAGGUCACCUCUGCCAAGGAGCGCCAUGGCUGUCGACUGGAUCGGGUUUGGUUACGCCGCCGUGGUGGCCAUUGGAGGCUUUCUGGGAUACAAACGGAAAGGCAGCGUCGUGUCGCUCAUCGCCGGGAUUCUCUUUGGCGCCUUGGCGGCUUGCGGAGCGUAUCGGAUGUCCAUGGACACCGGCGACGUGAAGAUCUCCUUGAUUGCAGCCUCCACCCUUGCCCUUGUGAUGGGAGUGCGGUACAGCAGGUCCAGGAAGAUGAUGCCAGCUGGCCUUCUGAGCGGACUGAGUGCCCUCAUGGUCUUGAGAAUCCUGUUUCUGAUGCUCUAAUGGAUGAGACCCUCAUCAUCGGCCACGAGGCCCGGUGGGCGACGCCAACGCUUCUCACAUUCCUCACAAAGACUCUGCCAAUGAAAACGAUUGUAUCAAAACAGAAUAAAAAUGAGACCCCCAAA